AACAUGUCACAUGAUCAGUGACAGCCAUUUUGGAUUAAGCGAAACGAAAACAGAGCACUGUCGGCAUAAUUAUAACACAUAUUUUGAAAUAUAUUUCGUUUAGCGUGCACGUUUUGGUGGUGUUGGUCAAUAACAAGUGAACAAUGGCACUUAGCAAAGUAAAAGGAACACUAGAGCGUGUUCUGGAUAAGAAUUUACAGGACCUUGUUCGCGGAAUAAGGAAUCACAAGGAAAAUGAAACUAAAUAUGUGGCCGAGUGUUUGGAUGAAAUCAAGAACGAGCUACGCCAGGAGAAUGUGGCUGUCAAGGCCAUUGCAGUCAACAAACUUACAUAUCUUCAAAUGCUGGGGUACGACAUCAGUUGGGCAGCCUUCAAUGUGAUAGAAGUGAUGAGCUCCCCAAAGUUCACUUUCAAGAGGAUCGGGUACCUGUCAGCCUCCCAGAGCUUCCAUGAGGGAACCGACGUGUUGAUGUUGACAACAAACAUGAUCAGGAAGGAUUUGGGCAGUCAAAAUCUGUAUGAUGCGGGUGUUGCGCUGAAUGGCCUGUCAUGUUUCAUCACGGCAGACUUGGCCAGGGAUCUUGCAAACGACAUUAUGACUUUGAUGACGUCUACAAAGCCAUACCUGCGUAAGAAGGCGGUGCUGAUCAUGUACAAAGUGUUCCUACAGUUCCCCGAGGCAUUGAGGCCAGCUUUCCCACGCCUGAAGGAGAAACUAGAGGACCCGGACCCAGGUGUACAGUCGGCUGCAGUGAAUGUGAUAUGUGAGCUGGCAAGGAAGAACCCCAGGAACUACCUGGCACUGGCCCCCCUGUUCUUCAAGCUGAUGACCUCCUCCACCAAUAAUUGGGUCCUCAUCAAAAUUAUUAAACUGUUUGGUGCUUUAACCCCAUUGGAGCCUCGGCUGGGAAAGAAGUUGAUAGAGCCUCUGACCAACUUGAUACACAGUACCUCUGCCAUGUCUUUGCUGUAUGAAUGUAUUAACACUGUGAUAGCAGUACUCAUUUCUGUAUCUACAGGCAUUCCCAACCACACGGCCUCCAUCCAGCUUUGUGUUCAGAAAUUGAGAAUUCUGAUAGAGGAUUCUGACCAAAACUUGAAAUACCUGGGACUGCUUGCAAUGUCCAAGAUCCUGCAGACACAUCCCAAGUCAGUGCAGACGCACAAGGACUUGAUACUGCAGUGCCUGGAUGAUAAGGACGAGUCCAUCAGAUUCCGUGCCCUGGAUCUCCUGUAUGGCAUGGUCUCUAAAAAGAACCUGAUGGAGAUUGUGAAGAAGUUGAUGGUGCACAUGGACAAGGCAGAGGGCACAAACUACAGAGACGAGUUGCUGGCCAAGAUCAUUGAGAUCUGCUCACAGUCCAACUACCAGUAUGUCACCAACUUUGAGUGGUAUGUGAGUGUUCUGGUGGAGUUGACCCGCAUGGAAGGUACUCGACACGGGCGACUGAUCGCAGCUCAGAUGUUGGAUGUGGCUAUCAGAGUGCAGGCCAUCAGGCCGUUUGCUGUAGCACAAAUGGCUGUCCUGCUGGAGAAUGCCCACGUGUUGUCCAACAACUCCCAGAGGAAUGGUAUCUGUGAAGUGCUGUAUGCAGCUGCCUGGCUGUGCGGGGAGUUCCCAGAUCACUUGACAGACCCAAAGGGUGUACUAGAAGCCAUGUUGAAGCCAAAGAUAACCCUCCUGCCAGGUCACAUUCAGAGCGUGUACGUUCAAAACAUCAUCAAGCUGUACGCCAACAUCAUCAAGAGGGCUGAAGGACAGAAUGGCCUGGCUGGCGUAAGGGAGGUUGGGGAGAUGUUACAGGAGAAGCUUCCCAUUUUUAUACAGAGUGCAGAUCUUGAAGUGCAGGAAAGGGCCUGUUGCAUGGUACAGCUGGUGAAGUAUGUGCUGAAGUCCCAGGACAAAGAUGGUGAUACGGCAGCGGCUAUAGCUGAAGAACUCGCGGCCCUCUUUGCAGGCGAUCUCAACCCUGUGGCCCCUAAAGCUCAAAAGAAGGUCCCCGUUCCUGAAGGGUUGGACCUGGAUGCCUGGAUUAAUGACCCGCCCUCCGAGAGUUCUGAAGACGAGGAUAGGCCUGUAGGCUCCUCCAUAUUUGUAACAAAGGAUAACAAUGAAGGGUCGUUCUACCAUGAGGCGGCAAAGGCGAAGGUUCCAGACAUGACGCCAGAGGAGCGGACCAAGGCUAAAGAACAGAGGAGGGUGGACCAGGCUCACAACCCUAACUACCUCAAGGGGGAUGUCAAGAAGAGCGCAAGCAACACCUCUGCAGACGGUAACCUUGGUAACAGCGUGGUGGAGCUGGACCUGUCCAUACCCCUACGGGUGCCAGGUGGGAUACAGGUUGCGGGUCUGUCGUCGUCUGACCAGUAUAUGAAAAUGGAGCAGAGCUUGCGGACGAAGAAGGCAGGCAAGAAAAAGAGGAAGAAGAGAAAGAAGGGAGGAAAUGAUGAGAGUGAUGAAGAAGAGGACAUCCCUCAGAUUCACCAGGUCUCGACUGUGGAAGAGGUGCCAGAGGGUGCUGAAGCAAUGUCAGACAAGGAAGAAGAUGGAGGUGACGAACGUUACAAGAAACUUGACAUAGACCUAGAUGAACCUCUGAGACCUGGUGAGAUACUACCAGUACGCACCCAUAGGAUUGUGCCUGACCACAAGUUACCAGAGCCAGAAGAAGAACCCAAAGAGAAAAAGAAGCACAAGAAAAAAGAAAAGGAAAGCAAAAAGGACAAAAAGAAGAGUAGAGACAGCAGAAAGGAAGAACGGGAAAAGAGGAAGCGCAAAAAGCAGUCCAUACCAGGGGAGGCUGAUGAGCCCAGCCUUCUGAAAGAGGACCACGAGGAGAUCGCUGGGGACAACACACCGCUCUCCUCCCCGCGGGACAAGGACAUGCCCUCUGGGGGCGCCACCGCAACCAACAGCACAGACAAGAUGAAUGAUUACGAGUUCUGGAUGUCCAGCACGGAUGCACAAAGCCCUUCCCACAGUGAACCCCAGGGCAAACCCACCACUGAGGUCAAGGUCACCCCUGUUCAGGAUAUAACAUCAGGGGACGAGGCCAAAGUCGAUACUACAGCACAUUCCAAAAAGAAAAAGAAAGAGAAGAAGGAAAGAAGAGAAAAGAAGGAGAAGAAAUCAAAGAAGUCAAAGCUGAAGGCAGGGGAUUAUGAGGAGGCGGGGGGAAUAACUACGCCGUCCCAAGAAGUGGUUGACCCUUCACAGCUAGAAACACCUGUCACAGCCAAGCCGAUGUCAAGUUACAGACUCUUAGCUGAAAACGCAUCUAUUAAAAUGAUGUAUGAGACCCGUGUGAGUCCCCAGCGUGGAGACCAGCUGAUCCUCUCGGUCGUGUUCACAAACCUCACUCCACAUCUCGUCAACAACCUCGAGUUUAACGUCAUGGAUACACUCAACACUAAACUCUCCAGAGGGAUGGGCCAGGCCAGCCAUGAUGCAGUGCAGGUGCCCUUUGUUCUGCCUGCAGGGCUCAGUAAUGAGGGACAGUUCGCCUUCUCUGUUGACAGCCUUGUGCAGCCCACAAAACUACGAGGCACUCUCACUUACAUGGUUAAGAUGGCAGAAGGUUCAACACAUGAGAAAGUGGAUUUCCGUCUUACUUUCAACUGCAGCUCAUUUAUGUCUGCCCUUCCUUGCAAAAGUUCUGAGUUUGCCUCACUGCUGAGUUCAGGAGAUCUCACUGAGAAGUCCACCAUGAAAUGCACGCCACUGGAGAACAGCUUUGAUGUCUCCCUGCUCAGGAUAUGCUUCUACAAUCAUUUUAAAGUGGUGGAGAAGGUGGAAGGUAGUGCCUCCCUCUAUGGUCGCUCUAUACAGGGACACCACUUGUGUCUCCUAGUCAAAUAUAAUAAUGGGGAGAUAACUGUAGACGGGAAGUCAGCAGAGGGCGCCCUUCUGUCCAACGUCCUGGCUGAUAUCAAGACCGUUCUCACUUCUGACGUCUUGUAGCAUUCCAUGGAAAAAAUAGUAAUUUCACCCAGUUUGUGAUAAUCAUUGCUAAAACUUGUUUGUAUAAGCAGACAUACAGUAGCACAAGUAACUUGGUCCAUUGGCAUAAAGCAGUUGCUCUAUAUGUAAUGCCGAGUCAUUUUGAACGGCAUUUAUGAUUGUAUGUAAAGCAGUUCAUUUUAUUAAGUUGAAAUGCUAUAUAGUACUAAUGGGCUCUGCAAUACAUGUUAAUAUAAAGUAUAAAUAUUAAGUGUUUACUAUUACAGCUAUGAUUAACCCAAAAUAUUUUUCAUGAAAACAGUGUUUAUGUUUUUACAGUUAAGUUUUCAGUUGAAUGGAAGGAC